GGGUCUAACCGGGAGCAGCCGCCUGAGUCACCGGCCCCGCCCUCCGGAGCCGGACGCAGCGGGAGGCCCGGGAGCAGCAGACCCGACCGCGGACCGCCGGACUUGGGAGGUGGAGUGAGCGGCAGCCAUGUUCCUGGUUAACUCGUUCCUGAAGGGCGGCGGCGGCGGCGGCGGGGGCGGCGGGGGCCUGGGCGGGGGCCUGGGGAAUGUGCUCGGAGGCCUGAUCAGCGGGGCCGGGGGCGGCGGAGGCGGAGGCGGCGGAGGCGGCGGAGGCGGUGGCGGCGGGACGGCCAUGCGCAUCCUAGGCGGAGUCAUUAGCGCCAUUAGCGAGGCGGCUGCGCAGUACAACCCAGAACCCCCGCCCCCACGCACACAUUACUCCAACAUUGAGGCCAACGAGAGUGAGGAGGUCCGGCAGUUCCGGAGGCUCUUUGCCCAGCUGGCUGGAGAUGACAUGGAGGUCAGUGCCACGGAACUUAUGAACAUUCUCAACAAGGUUGUGACUCGACACCCUGAUCUGAAGACUGAUGGUUUUGGCAUUGACACAUGUCGCAGCAUGGUGGCCGUGAUGGAUAGUGACACCACCGGCAAGCUGGGCUUUGAGGAAUUCAAGUACCUGUGGAACAACAUCAAAAGGUGGCAGGCCAUAUACAAACGGUUUGACGUCGACCAGUCGGGGACCAUUGGCAGCAGUGAACUCCCAGGGGCCUUUGAGGCAGCAGGGUUCCACCUGAACGAGCACCUCUACAACAUGAUCAUCCGGCGCUACUCGGAUGAGGGAGGCAACAUGGAUUUCGACAACUUCAUCAGCUGCUUGGUCAGGCUGGACGCCAUGUUCCGUGCCUUCAAAUCUCUCGACAAAGAUGGCACUGGACAAAUCCAGGUGAACAUCCAAGAGUGGCUGCAGCUGACUAUGUAUUCCUGAACGGGAGCCCCAGACCUGCCCCCAUACCGCCUUGCUGUAUAAGUUACCUUGGAGCCUCAGUUUCCCCCAUAGCUGAUCCUACCUGCAGUCACAUCUUCGUGGUCCUGCCGACCCACAGGCCUUUCGUUCUGGGAGCCCUUGGCACCCCGCUUCUCAGGCAACAGCCAGGGCCCGGCGUGCCCCGACAUGCCACGCCCUGAGCUACUCCUGGCUCUAAGACACUCGAACAUGCCCUGCCUAAAGUCACCCCACCCCACCACACCCAUCUCACACCCGCUCCACGACCUCUCCCGUCCUGUGCCAAGCCCCACACGUGUUGCGUCCGCAGCAUCACCCCCGUCCCUACACACCCUGGCACACCGUCACAGUUGCCACCCAGGUAACCCAGCUCCAGGCGGUUCCUGGCCCACACGCCCAGUGCCUUUGUGUUCUGCUCCCAGCCGCCAGGCCCAGGAGAAAUAAAUGCACCCUGGUUGCUGCUGUCUAUGG